AAACUUUUGCCACUAGCCAAAAAAAAAAAAAAAAAACAAAGAAACAAAUAAAGUAAACCAUUGAAUCAAUUACAAGGAUAGAUGACGGAUGUUAAUCCAAAGGGGAACCUUGGUCCGAUAAUUGGGAUUGUAAGCCAUCCAAGUGAUGGUGCUUCUGGCAGACUCAAUGAUGACUCCCAUGUUUCAUAUAUUGCUGCUUCUUAUGUUAAGUUUGUUGAAUCUGCUGGUGCCAGAGUCAUUCCACUUAUUUACAAUGAACCCCCUGAGAUUCUUCAAACUAAACUUAAUCUGAUUAAUGGAGUGCUUUUCACUGGUGGAUGGGCUAAAAAAGGGCUUUACACUGAAGUUGUUGAGGCAAUUUUUAAGCAUGUCCUGAAGAGGAAUGAUGCUGGAGAUCACUUUCCCUUAUUCGCGAUUUGCUUAGGUUUUGAACUAUUGACUAUGAUUAUCAGCAAAGAUGAUAAAAUUCUUGAAAGAUUUAGUGGAUCACAUCAUGCAUCUACACUUCAACUUAUGAAAAACAUUUCUAUCGAAGGAACGAUGUUUCAAAGAUUUUCUGCGGAUUUGCUUGGAAAGUUGAGUACAGAUCGCCUUGUGAUGCACCACCAUAAAUAUGGUAUAUCGCCAGAAAGAUUUCAAGGAAACAUAAACUUGCGGAAUUUCUUUAAGAUUUUGACAACUAGCACCGACAAAGAUAAUAAGGUUUAUGUGUCAACUGUUCAAUCACACCGAUAUCCAGUAACUGCUGUCCAGUGGCACCCAGAGAAAAAUGCUUUUGAGUGGGGGUUAUCAAUGAUCCCACAUUCAGAUGACGCAGUUCAAGUGGCUCAACAUUUUGCCAACUUUUUUGUGAGCGAGGCAAGAAAAUCUUUAAAUAGACCGCCACUUCGGAGGGUGUUGGAUAAUCUUAUAUACAAUUAUAAUCCCACUUAUUGUGGGAAAGUUGGUAGGGGAUACGACGAGGUUUACAUCUUUACCGAAAACUUUGCUAGAAUAUAAUCUAGUAAUGUAAAUUUGUUGUAAAUAAAGAAUGAUCCAUCUGUAAAAAUCUGGACUGUAAAAGUUUGAUCUACUGAAAUUAAAUAGUCACUAAUAUUUAGUGAAUUGAAUGAAUUUAAUUUCAUUUGGGUA